AUGCAAAUUUCACCACCAUCUUCGAUUUUCUUCUUCUCUGUUUAUGCUGAUGAAUCGGCACUAAUGACAAUAACCAGUGUAGUAGUAGUAUUGUUGCUAGUGGUGUUGCUUCAAUGGCGGUUGCACCGGAAAAAGCAAAGACGGAAGCUACCGCCUGGCUCCAUGGGUUGGCCUUACAUCGGCGAGACACUCCGCCUCUACACUGAGAAUCCCAAUUCCUUCUUCGCCACUCGCCAAAACAAAUAUGGGGAUAUAUUCAAGACGCACAUAUUGGGAUGUCCGUGUGUGAUGAUAAGCAGUCCAGAGGCAGCUCGAAUGGUCUUAGUGAGUAAAGCACACAUGUUCAAGCCAACUUAUCCUCCUAGCAAAGAGCGUAUGAUUGGACGAGAGGCUCUCUUCUUCCACCAAGGUCCUUACCAUGCCACACUCAAGCGGCUCGUUCAGUCUUCCUUCAUGCCUUCUGCUCUCAGACCAACCGUCUCUCACAUCGAGCUCCUUGUCCUUCAAACCCUCUCUUCUUGGACAUCCCAAAAGUCCAUCAACACCCUUCAACACAUGAAACGAUAUGCGUUCGAUGUGGCGAUCAUGUCAGCGUUUGGAGACAAAGAGGAGCCCACUGAAAUUGAAGCAAUUAAGCUUCUCUAUCAACGUCUCGAGAAGGGUUACAACUCCAUGCCUCUCAACUUACUUGGCACACUUUUUCAUAAAUCCAUGAAGGCAAGGAGGGAAUUAAGUGAGGAAUUAAAGAGAAUGAUAGAAAAGAGAAGAGAAAGUAAGAGAGAAGGAGGAGGCUUAUUGGGAAUACUUCUCGGUGCAAAGGAUCAGAAACGUAAUGGCUUAAGCGAUUCACAAAUCGCCGACAACAUCAUCGGAGUUAUCUUUGCCGCCACCGAUACCACCGCUUCUGUCUUAACUUGGCUUCUCAAGUAUUUACACGACAACCCUAUCCUCCUCCAAGAAGUCUCCAGGGAGCAAACCGGCAUUCGACACAAGAUAAAGCAAGAAAACCGAGGAAUCUCGUGGGAAGAUACAAGAAAAAUGCCACUGACCACAAGGGUGAUACAAGAGACACUAAGAGCAGCAAGUGUAUUGUCCUUUACGUUUAGAGAAGCAGUACAAGACGUCGAAUAUGAAGGCUACUUGAUCCCAAAGGGUUGGAAAGUUCUUCCUCUUUUCCGGCGAAUCCAUCACUCUCCCGAUUUUUUCCCCGAACCCGAGAAAUUUGAUCCUUCAAGAUUCGAGGUAGCACCAAAACCUUACACGUUCAUGCCAUUUGGGAAUGGAGUGCACUCAUGUCCAGGAAGUGAGCUGGCCAAACUUGAGAUGCUUAUCCUCCUUCACCACCUCACUACUUCCUUCAGAUGGGAAGUGGAAGGAGGCGAUGAAGGAAUACAAUAUGGUCCUUUCCCUGUGCCUAAGAAGGGUUUACCAAUAAGAGUCACCCCAAUUUGA